UCAAACUAAAAAAAAAAUCAGUUUAAAAACCAAAACAUAAAUUUUGGUUACAUUGUUUGUUUGAGUGAAUGAGUUAAUUAAGGUUAUAGCGGUGGGGUGUGUAUGUAAGUGUCUUGUGUCGUGCAUGCAUUUUAUGCAUCUGUUACUUUGCAUGCACUCACACACAAACACUCUCUCUCCUCUUUCUCUCUCUACAGACUCUCUCCCUCAUCAAAUCCCAUACCCACUUCACGUUUUCUCUCUCUAAAAACCCAGCUGAAAUUUGGAAUUUUGAUUGAUGGGUUCUGACAUUGGUAUGGUGAAUGGUUCGUGUGUUCAUGAAUGGAAGAAAGGGUGGGGUUUACGAUCUGGUGGAUUUGCUCAACUUUGCUUCAAGUGCGGAUUUAUGGAGGAAUGGAAGAGUGGCAACCUUGACACAUUAUCUCCCUUUGAGAGUUCAGUUUUUUGUAAUAAAUUCCAUCGUCAACAAACUGGUUGGCGAGAGUGUAACUUUUGCAACAAGCCUAUCCACAGUGGAUGCGUAGUAUCUAAAUCUCUGUUCGAGUAUCUUGACUUCGGUGGUAUAGGUUGUGUUAGCUGUGUAAAUACUUCCCAACUAAAUAUGAUUCGUAAUACUGAAAAUCCUAAAUGGCCCGUUUCAUCAACCCAAAAUAAUGCAAGGGAUAUUCAUUCUGCUCAUUUUGACAGCGGACUGUUUAUGAGUAAUGUUGAUGAAGGAAAGCUUAUGCAAUUAUGCAGAGUAGUUGAAGCCAGUGAAUCUAUCCAUAUGAGUCAUGCUCCGAUAAACAACAUGAUUACAUCUAAUGGGAAAAACAAUCCAGAAGUUAGGCCUUCAUUCAGGGAAGGGGAUACUGGAUUUUCAAAUGUGAUUAAGCCGCCUGUUCAGUCAUUAACUUUUGCUACAUUAGAAAAUAAUAGACCAACAUGGGAGAUUAAAAACAUGCAUGAAUCAAAUGCGAGGCCGUCUUUGAAUAUGUGUUUGGGAAACCCAUCAGGGAACAACUCUUUCCCACCAUCUGGUGGAGAGACUACAGACGGAAGACUUGAGGGAAAAGUAUCUCCUCCUUUUCAUCAAGGGCCAAGAUCUCGUCCUAUAUUACCCAAACUGUUGAAGACUGGCCUUACCAUGAAUAUAGAAACCGAAAAAGGGACACUUUCUCAACCACGUAUUGCCCGGCCUCCUGGUGAUGGGAGGGGCAAGAAUCAGUUACUUCCUAGAUAUUGGCCUAGGAUUACGGACCAGGAGCUGGAGCGUUUGUCUGGAGAUUUGAAGUCCACAGUAGUGCCAUUAUUUGAGAAGGUGUUGAGUGCAAGUGAUGCAGGUCGGAUUGGUCGUCUUGUUCUCCCAAAAGCCUGUGCUGAGGCAUAUUUUCCUCAUAUUACACACUCCGAAGGUCUUCCUUUGCGGGUCCAAGAUGUGAAGGGUAAUGAAUGGACUUUUCAAUUCAGAUUUUGGCCUAAUAACAACAGCCGGAUGUACGUAUUGGAGGGUGUGACCCCUUGCAUACAGGCCAUGGAUUUACGUGCUGGUGAUACCGUUACAUUUAGUCGGAUAGAUCCUGGGGGAAAACUUGUUAUGGGUUUCAGAAAGUCAUCAAAUUCCGUAGAUACGCAGGAUGCUUCUACAUCUGCACAUUCUAAUGGCGGUUCUGCAAAAGGAGACACCUUUUCUGGUGGAAAUGAGAAUCUUCCAUCAGGAAGUAAUUGUGCCGAUCUUCUCCGUUCACCAAAUGCUAACGGGGAACUUCGUUUAAAUGGACAUCCAGAACCUUCACAUUUGGUUACUGGAGCUGCUGGUUUGCUUAAAGCCGAAAAUGGCGAGAUGACGAGCAAUAAUUCACUGGACCAAAAAAAUUCAGCUUUAGAGAAGAAGAGGACUCGAAAUAUUGGCCUUAAAAGUAAGAGAUUGCUUAUUGGUAAUGAUGAUUCUAUGGAGUUGAGGCUUACAUGGGAAGAAGCACAAGACUUGCUUCGCCCACCGCCCAGUGUCAAGCCAAGCAUUGUCACAAUUGAGGAUCAAGUAUUUGAAGAAUAUGAUGAACCCCCAGUUUUUGGAAAGAGAACAAUAUUCAGUGCCUCUUCAUCUGGUAUGUUGACUAUUUCAUCCAGGGCGAAGGAACAGUGGGCUCAAUGUGAUGAUUGCUCUAAAUGGAGAAAGUUACCAGUUGAUGCUCUUCUUCCUCCUAAUUGGGCAUGUUUGGAAAAUGUCUGGGAUACAAGCAGAUCUUCAUGUUCCGCACCGGACGAGCUGAGCUCAAGGGAAUUAGAAAAUCUUUUGAAAUCCAGCAAAGAUUUUAAGAAGCGACGGAUUGUAGAAAACAGCAAGUUGAUCCAAGAACACGAGCCUUCUGGCUUAGACGCUCUUGCCAGUUUAGCUGUUUUAGGCGAAAAUCUCUUGGGCCCUGCUGAUUCCUCAGCUGGAGCCACCACUAAACAUCCUAGACACCGUCCCGGCUGCUCUUGUAUCGUGUGCAUUCAGCCACCAAGCGGAAAAGGGAGACACAAGCCAACAUGUACUUGCAACGUGUGUACGACCGUGAAGCGUCGGUUUAAAACCCUUAUGCUACGCAAGAAGAAACGCCAAUCGGAGCGUGAAGCAGAUGCUGCAGCCAAAAAAGAACACAUUCACAAAAGAGUUGAGGAGUCAGAUACCAAUGGGGGAGCAUCAAGAGAAGUCGCGAAUCCUUUGGAAAACGAAGGAGGACUAAAUAAAGGUCAAGUCGAGGUUGGCGAGUCCAGCGCUGGAAAGAUAGAUCUUAAUUGUCAUCCCAAUCGUGAUGACUUGCAAGUGGAUAAUAUCGCAAAACUUAGUGAUCAUAUAUGGGAACAUAUUAAUAUGAACCAAAAUGGCGGUCCAAGAACCGUUAAUACUGAAAUGCAGGAAGGUCAACAUUCUUCUUUGGUCACUCAGUCUAAUGGUGAAGAUACGAGAUACUUGUCCGAGGAAAGAUGCAUUGCAUCCACUGUUAGGAACAAAGAAAGAAAAGAUGAGGUAUUAAAUCAUUCAAAUGAAAGUGAAAAGAAUCUGUCUUGAGGAAUUUUUUUUAUCCCUUGUUUGAGCUAGAAUUUUUAUACUUUUUUCCUUCUAUUCAUAUAUCAUAUAGUAUAUAUAGUUUGCUUUAUUUUCCAAAAGGGUUGUCAAAGAAUGUAAUUUUGUUUUCUUUAUCUUCAGAUUAUUUUUUGUCAUGGAAAUGAUACUUUUGUCAUUUUUAUUCAAGAGUGGAAAAGGGGAAAACACAUACUUAAUCAAUAUUUUACUUGUCUCA